AUGGAACUAAUUGAAACGGACAUUCGCAAGACAACUCAAGACCCAGAAGAGCAGAGUCUCUUCCUCAUCAACGCAUGGCCCACUCUGGAUGCAACGGAUUCAUCAAAAGACGACUUUGACAAACUCUCGGGCAUCCACUGCAUGGUGGUCCUGGUCCGGAUGAUCAACAGCAUGCUUCCCGCCGAGGACAGAGAACAACGAUCUACGUCACGGCGCAACGACGUCAACCCCUUCAUGACGCGGACAUGGCGCAAUGCGCCGCAAAACCUCAAGAGCGACCCCUUUGUACGGAUGAUUAAGAAAUGGGGGCCCCAAUGCGAAUCCCUCAAGUUUCGGAACCUCGUGCAGGCGGAGCGCAUGAACUCGACCCUCUGGGCAAGGCAUGAUCAGGGCUUGUUCGACAAGAUGAUCUGGCACCCUGAACAAGGCGUUCGAGUAGACGCCACGUACGAAAACGACCUUCUCGAUAUUUCAGGGGCACCAAAGGACAUUGCCGCAACAAUUGAGUCGAUGAGCUGUACGCUCGUCAACGACGGACCCGAGACGUUCUGCUACUUGCCGCGGAUCUCCAUGUACGCACGCUUCCUCUACACCCCCGACGCCGACAGGAGCGACGACGAUGCCAAGGAACUACGAUUCCUCACAAUUCGGGACGAGCGUCCAGAGGCCGAGAACCCCACGCGAUAUGUCUUGUUUGUCGCUGUCCGACUCGGCACGGACGAGGAGGACGCUGACCGCAUCCGUGUCUUUCGAUGCGACGGCUCGCCGUACCCGCCGCCAGUUUCCGACGAGUACGCCAGACUUGACUGGAAAGUCGGCGCGCCAGGUCACACCUACUUUCUGCUGUAUUGUAGGAGUGAUUGGACCACAGACAUUGCCGACAAUGAAGUGUCCAGCCCUGAUCCCGGAUCGCAGUUGUUGCGGGAAAACACUUUACAAGUGUUCGGAGCGAGCUUGCAGCCAACACCGCAAGCCGUCCCCCGAACUGGGGCGGUCCCAACGCGCCUCCCAGCCGUCCUCCGAACUGGGGCGGUCCCGGUGCGCCCCCCCAACCGUCCCCCGAACCGGGGCGAUCCCAACGCGCCUCCCAGCCGUCCCCCGAACUGGGGCGGUCCCGGUGCGCCUCCUGGCCCUACGUGGUCUCAGCAGCAGCAACAACAACAGCAGCAGCGGCCUCCGCCUCCUUAUCAGAAUCGAGACCCAGGCUCGUAUGGCCCCCAGCAGCAACGACAGCAAGAGCCAUCGUACAAUUACGGAGGAGAGUUUGAAGACUACUAUGAUGACUACGACGACUAUGACGACUAUGACGAUGGCCCUCGUGGACGCCCACAGCAGCAGCAACGCCCUGGCCCUACGUGGCAGCAGCAACACCGGCAAGAGCCGUCGUAUGCGUAUAGAAGAAACUACGACGACUACUAUGACAGUGGUCCUCGCGGACAGCCGCAGCGGCAGCAACAUCGUGGCCCAACGUGGCCCCAGCAACAACCGCCCCGGGGGGGUCAAGGUUACUACGGCUAUAACAACUGA